GAGUUGGCGUCUGUGUUAUCUGUGUGCGCAGGUUGUGGCACGUCGUCUGUCCUCUCUGACAGGAAGCAGGUCGGACUCACUGUGCCCCCCCGGGUCGUCGAAGGACUCGCGUCUCAAUCCGCAGCGAAACGGACGGCGAAGGGAAAAGAGCUGGUCGAGACGACUUGGUGAAUGUUGUGCACACACACACAGAAUGGCUGCACUGUGUCGUCUGAGGCAGUGCCACUCCUCCGCCGGGGCCAUCUCUAAUCUUCACACGAGCAGCCGGGCCUCCGCCGCACAGCAUUACAAGAUGCUGGUGCUCGGAGGAGGCAGUGGGGGCAUUGCGAUGAGUGCACGGAUGAAGAGGUUGAUGGGAGCUGGGAACGUCGCUGUCGUGGAGCCCAGUGAGAUGCACUACUAUCAGCCAAUAUGGACCCUGGUGGGUGCCGGUGCAAAAACUGUAGCCUCGUCGGGUCGACCCACUGCAAGUGUCAUGCCCUCCGGAGUGAAGUGGGUGAAAUCUAGAGUCCAGGAAUUAGACCCAGACAGAAAUACUGUGCGCACAGAGGAUGGAACUGAAAUCUCCUACGAGUACUUGAUUGUGGCUCUCGGAUUACAACUGCAUUACGAGAAGAUCAAGGGCCUGCCAGAGGGGUUUGAACAUCCGAAGAUUGGGUCAAACUACUCAGUCCAAACUGUGGAGAAAACAUGGAGAGCACUGCGGAACUUCAAAGAAGGCAACGCUGUGUUCACUUUCCCAAAUACUCCUGUGAAAUGUGCUGGAGCUCCUCAGAAGAUCAUGUACCUCUCAGAUUCCUUCCUCAGAAAGACAGGGAAAAGGGCAAAGGCCAAUAUAAUAUACAACACAGCGCUACCCGUGCUCUUUGGGGUCAAGAAAUAUGCCGACUCACUGUGGGACAUUGUGAAAGGCCGUGACCUGCAAGUGAACCUGAGCCAGAACCUGAUUGAAGUGCGGGCAGACAAGCAAGAAGCUGUGUUUGAAAAUCUUGACAAACCGGGGGAAACCAAAGUGGUUGAGUAUGAAAUGCUUCAUGUCACACCACCAAUGGGACCCAGUUUGGCGAUUAAAGGCAGUCCACUGGCCGAUGAAGCUGGCUGGCUGGACGUCGACAAAGACAAUCUCCAACAUAAGAAGUAUCCAAACGUGUUCGGGAUUGGAGACUGUACCAACCUGCCCACGUCCAAAACUGCUGCUGCUGUCGCCGCGCAGACUGCCAUCUUGAACAGAACCAUCAGCAGAGUCCUGAAAAAUAAGAAGCCAGAUAAGAAGUAUGAUGGCUACACUUCAUGUCCGUUGGUUACAAGCUACAACACAGUCAUUCUGGCAGAGUUCGACUACAAUGGACAACCACUGGAGACGUUCCCCAUCAACCAGGCCAAAGAAAUGAGAUUAAUGUACCACAUGAAAGCUGAUUUGAUGCCUCAUCUCUAUUGGCAUGGGCUUCUCAGGGGCCUGUGGGGUGGACCCGGACCAUACAGGAAACUCUUUCAUCUUGGGAUGAAAUGAAAUGUGAUCUCAGUUAACAUGUUAGAAGUUACAUUUGCUAAAUGUUUAGGAAAGAAUAUAACAUGAAAUGAAUCAUUCAUAAUUAUUAAAAGGUCAAAUAGUGAUUAUUAUUCAGAUUCAUAUAUAUCAGAUUAAAAAAAAUAGAUUAAGACAGUUAGUUAUUGUUUCAACCUUGUUUGACACAAUCAGCAAUUUGCCUCCAGCUCCCUACCUGCACAAGUGGUGUGGAUAUGUUGCUUGGGAAGGAAAUUAUUCUUUCAGUUUACAUUAAAACUGAUUGAUCAAA